AUGAAUAUUGUUUUCAAUGACAACUCGGUUUCUGAUUCAGAAAAGGUUUCUCUCCCUUCUACCGAGGAUGGAUGCUAUUGCCAGUGUCAAAAUUGACCCGGAGGGCGUUUUCAAAUACAUUCAAAUCUCCCUUCAGUCGGGCGACGCCAAGAAAGUCGUGAUCCGGGGCGAUGGUACUUGUGAAUACCAUGCCGAUAUUCUGGACAAAGUCACUGAUGGGGAAUUCGGCCGUGACAGGACCAUCACUGCAUCAUGCCUGGGAGGGGGCAGGAUCAGGCACGAUCCAGCCGCCAAGUCUAUCUUAGUAUAUGGCUAUUCUGUGGGCUUUGGACGAGCAGACCACACGGCAACAGUUCGACUUCUAAAGGAGCAGUACCCAGCAUAUAAAAUAGAUUACAGCAAUGAUGGCUACUGAUCGUCGGAGUUGUUCUUGAGCAAACUAUUUGCACUUUUUUUCAAGAGAUUCUGUCAAAAUCUAUGGACUCCGGAAGUCCGACGUGCCAACUGGAAUGACCAGGCAUAUGUGCCGUCGGUAAGCGAGUGCCCAAUGCAGUGGAGCUGCUCACUCAAUGGUUAUGUUUGUCGUGAUCCAGUGCUGAUACUGUGUCACUGACUGAAUGGUACUGAAGGACACACAUGGGCCUAUGGUACUGAAGGACACACAUGUGCCUAUGCUGAAGACCACACAUGAACCUGAGAUUGCCUGCUGCAUCCCCGCUGGCUCAACAAGAACGGUUUGAGCGAUGUUAGAGACUUUUUAUUUGCUGUUUCAUGUGAUAUUCUCGUAUGGCAGAUCGAAUUCACAGGCAUUUCUUUGCAACUUUAUGUACAUGCAGAAGUAUUUUGAAUGAGCUCAUUAUAAUUGGACAUAUUCUGUUGCCAUUGGUUACAUACUUCAAAAGAAGUACAUGUAUAUUCACUGCUUGCAUGAA